CAAUUACCGUUAACUACGCACACAUAGCUUCUGGAUCACCUUCCGGGAUUACUUUUCGUUGCUAUCUUCUACCAUGAACAAAAGUUGCCUGUGAGAAAUUGAAAAAAAUCGUGACAAUUCGUAAAGUUUUAAUGUAUGGCACAACUAUGCUUCUAAAAGAGGAGGCAGUAGCCACAUUAAAGCAGUUUGACAUUGGAGAGAAAUUCUCGUAUCUCCCCGUCCUGCCUAAAGCCUCAGUGCUGAUCCCCCUGUUUGUGAGGGGUGGUCAGCUUCACACCUUACUCACUCUACGCUCACAGGAGUUGAGGACUGGUGCUGGUGAGGUGUGUUUUCCCGGUGGAAAGAGAGACCCUAGUGACCAGGAUGAUGUCCACACAGCCCUGAGAGAGGCACACGAGGAGAUAGGUCUACCUCCUGAUCAGGUUGAGGUGGUCUGCACAUUGUUUCCAGUCUUUAGCAAGAAAGGCCUAUUGGUGAGCCCUGUGGUCGGUUUCAUAGAGGAAACAUUUAUUCCAGCCCUAAACCCAUCAGAGGUCAGUGCUGUGUUUGCGGUUCCCCUGGACCUUUUCACCAGAGAGAAGGAUCACUAUGCUACCCACGGUGUUGCCGGGGUGACUGGACCAUUGCACUCAUUUUACUUCAGAGAUCCUGCUUCAGGGAACCAGUAUCACAUAUGGGGGCUGACAGCAAUGUUGGCAACGUUGGUGGGUGCUCUUGCUCUAAAGAAAAAACCUGAGUUUGAUGUUGGUUUUGAUAUUUUGGAUCCUUUCACCUUUUUCAAGAAGAUUCUGCAUAAAAGACUGAGUAAACUUUGAGCAGCUGUGAUUGUCCUGAACUGUUGUAUCCAGGGUGAAAUGUGAAAGACAACGUUUAAGCAAUAUGUUUAAAAUGAAGGUAAAACUGAUUUGUGCUUCUACUGUCACUAGUAAAUAUCUCAAUACUUUCAGAUUUUAA